AUGUCGAAUCCCAAUCCGGCCGAAGACAAGGCCUCCGAGCAGCCCCAGCAGCAGAAGCCGCAGGUGCUCGAAGAAGACGAUGAGUUUGAGGAUUUCCCCGUCGAAGACUGGCCCCAGGACGAGACCGAGCAGUCUGCCGCCAACGGCGGUAACGAGCACCUGUGGGAAGAGAGCUGGGACGACGACGAUGCCGCAGAGGAUUUCUCAAAGCAGCUGAAGGAGGAACUCAAGAAAGUCGAAGCAUCAAACUAG